CAGUAGCUAUUUAAACACUCCAGCAGGAGCUCACCAAUUUUUACUUUAUGCAGAAGUCCUUGACUGCUUCACUCUCUCAUUCUUGGAGUGAAUUUGGAAAUGAUUUUUGAUGACCUUAAGAGUACGGCUAUGAAAGACCAACCCGACCAGAAGCCAAAUGGAGAGAAAGCUAAAGGUUUUUAUUUUCUUUCUUCUCGGUGGUGGUGCCCUGCCGCUGUGCUUCUAGGGGUCCUUUGCUUGGGAUUACUGGUGACUCUUAUCAUGCUGAUAAUGCAAGUAUCACAGGUGUCUGGUCUCCUACAGCAACAUCAAGCAAACCUUACCCACCAGGAAAUUAUACUGGAGGGACAGAUUUUAGCACAGCAGCAGGCAGAAAAAGCUUCCCAGGAGUCAGAAAAGGAACUCAAGGAGAUGAUAAAAAACCUUACCCAGAAGCUGGAUGAAAAAUCGAAGAAACAGAUGGAACUUCAUUACCAGAACCUGAAUCUCCAAGAAGCUCUGAGGAAAGCAGCAAACUUUUCAGCUCCUUGUCCCCAAGACUGGCUCUGGCAUGAAGCAAACUGUUACCUAUACUCCUCUGGCCCAUUUAAUUGGGAAAAAAGCCAGAACCAUUGCUUGUCUUUGGAUGCCCACAUGCUGAAAAUUAACAGCACAGAUGAUCUGGAAUUCAUCCAGCGAGCAAGCGCCCAUUCCAGUUUCCCGUUCUGGAUAGGGUUGUCUCUGAGGAAGCCGAGCAGCUCAUGGCUCUGGGAGGAUGGCUCUCCUUUGAUGCCCCACUUGUUUCGAUUCCAGGGAUCUCUUUCCCAGAGGUAUCCUUCAGGCACUUGUGCCUAUAUACAAAGGGGAGCUGUUUUUGCUGACAACUGCAUUUUAACUGCAUUUACUAUAUGUCAGAAGAAGGCGAAUCUAGUGAGAGCACGGUGAAUUUGAAGGCUCUGGAAGCAAAGGAAAAGACUUUUCUUCUGGAAUUGAAGCUGUACUUUAUCAUUUAGGUGCAAAACGAGAGAGCCCUGCGAACUGCCUGUUAUUAGCUGACUGCAGAAUUCCCUAGCAGAGACUAGGUCUGCAGAUGCCUGGCUGGAGAUAUCCAAAAUGUUGAUUCUAUGUCUCUUUCUCUCGUUUUUCGCCUGGUUUCCCCAAUCCCCCUGCCAGCCUUCAAACCUUCUCCCCUUUUUAUGUUUUAAAGUUUUACUCCUCUUCAAGUCUUGGCAGCCCUCUGUACUCAGUCCUCUACCUCAGUGCCAUCUGCCCCCUCACCCUCCUAAACCGCAUAGAAAAUGGAAAAUGGAGAACUUGACCCCCCUGCAAGCAGAAGGCGAAAAAGAGGAAAUCUGCAUGGGAACAGAGCUGGUGAAGAAACAAAAAAGAGGAAAAGCCCAUAAUGGAAUCAAGGAACUUGAGUUCUCAACCUUAAAAGCUGCCACUUGUUCGUCUUUUAAGUUGCGAUCUGUCUCCACACUCCACCACUUACACACGUGCACACCCAAAACACACACACACACACCCAACACACACACACACACACACACACACACACACACCCAGAACAUCACAUUUUGGUGUGAUUGAGAUGUUCCGGGAGGUAAUUAUAAAUAGAGUUAUCUUUUCAGUGACCCAAAUACAAUUCCUUAUUGGUCUCUGAAUCUGUUCUGACUUCUUCAUCCUUUUUCUAUCAAAGGACAGCUCAAUAUAGCUUUACUCCUUCAGGAGAGUAUAUGUUAGAAUCAUGGUGCCGGGGGCAAAAAUAGUUUUUGUGCUGUUUUUUUUUCUCCCUAAAGUACACACCAUUUAUAGAUGACCUCUUCUCAACUCUGUUAUGCUGUGCUAAUGUGGAAACAUACCGGGCCAACCAGUGAAGACACUCCGUUAAGGAGCAAACUGAGCCAGCCGCGGAAACAUUGCUGAACAGAAACAGACGGAAUUUGAAGUAUUCCUUCUAUUUUCAGUGUUUCUAGUCCCCGGCUAUUUCCCCUCCCAGGUUUUCCUACUUUAAAGGAAGCCUUUCCAUUUCGUUGCACACAAUGUAGCACCAACUGUAUCCAAAAAAGAAAAGUUGGACCAUUCCUAGGAAGACAGAUAUUCAUCUGCCUUGUUGUUUGCAUCAAUUUUUCCCCCUUUUAAAAUAUUCAGUGUGAUUCCCUUGUAUGAGUAUACCCCAAUUUGUGGAUAAAUUACCUGUUGAUGAUCUUUUGAGUUGUUUUCGGUAUUUGUCUAUCACAAAAUAAGGUGCUAUAAACAUUUGUGUAUCAGCCUUUGUAUGCACAUAGCAUUUCUCUUCUCUUGAGUAAGUGCAUAGGAGUUUAAUGCCAGAACCAUUCAGUAGUGUAUGUUCAGCUAGCUGAGAAAUUGCCAAACGUUUCGCCCCAAACUUGUACCAUUUGGUAUUCCCACCAGCAGUGUAUGAAUGUUCCAAUUCCACCUCAUCCUUGCUGACGCUUGGCAUGGUCAGUCUUGUCACUUUACCCAUUCUGAUAGGCGCAUGGUGGUAUAUUACUCUGGUUUAAUUUGCAUUUCCUAAAUGAAAAAUAAUCUUGAGAUCUUUUUAUUUAUUGCGCUUAUUUACUCUCUACAUAUUUUCUUUGAUAAAGCACUGUACCGAUCUUCUGAGAAGUUUUGAGUUCUUUGUUUUUAUACUGUUACAUUUCUAGAGCCCUUUGUACAUGCUGGGUAAAAGUCCUUUAUCAGAUGUCGUUUUGGUGAUUUUUUUUUUUUCAGUUUAUGACUUCUCAGUCUCUGGAAAAGCAGAAAAUUUUAAUUUUUGAUGAAGUCCAUUUUCACGUUUCUACUGCUGUCUCUAAGAACUUGUUGCCAAACUCAAGGUCACAAAACUUUCUGCUGUUUUCUUCUAGACAUUUUAUAGUUUCAGGCUUUACACAGAAACCUGUAAUUUAUUUUGAGUUAAUUUGUGAACCAGGUACUAAAGCACUUUGUCUUUCUGUCUUAUUUUUCUUUUUUCAUAAGGAUGUUCGCUUGUCUUAGCAACAUUCUUUGAAAAGACUGUUCUUUUUUCACUACAUUGCCUUUGCACUUUUGUCCACAGUUACCCAUAUGUGCAUGGGUCUAUUUCUGGCUCUCUGUUAUGUUCCCUUGGUCUGCUUAUAUAUUUUUACAACACCACCAUGAAUAUUGCAGUUUCUUGAAAUCUUGUAGUGGUUGUUCAAUGUCGUUCUUUUCCAACGUUGUUUUGGCUAAUCUAUGUCUUUGUAUUUCCAUGUUAACUUUUGAAUUGGCUUGUCAAUUUCUAAAAAAAACCAAGCAAACCCUACUGAAAUUUUGAAUGUGAUUGCAUUGAAUCUAUUAGCUACAUUUAGGGGCAAUUGAAAUUUUAAAAAUACUUAUGUGUUUGAAUCAUAAACAAGCUAUAUCUCUCCAUUUCUUUAUGUGUUCCUUAAUUUCUCUAAGCAAUGUUUUGUAACUUCCUCUGUAUAGAUGUCCCACAUAUUUUCUUAGACUGUCAUCAUAUAUUUCAUAUUUUUGAUGCUACUAGAAAUGGUAUUGGUGUCAUUUGUAAUUUUAAUUUCCAAAUGUCUUUUGCUAGUAUAUAGAAUUAUAAUAAACUUUUUUAUAUUAACCUUA